ACCAGCCAUUGAAGCCCUGCAAUUGUAAGUCAUAAUGAGGUGUAGUGAAAUAAUAUGGGGUCUGGUCUUGUGCUGCAUCUUGGCCAUGCUUAGCAGUAGUCAUAAUGGACUGGCCUCGGAGGUUGUGGGUUCGUCUGCUGAAGGUUAUGACUACAAGGAUGCACUUGACAAAGCUAUCUUGUUCUUUGAAGGACAACGUUCAGGAAAGUUGCCUGCAAGCCAGAGAAUGAAGUGGAGGGGAGACUCUGCACUCACUGAUGGCAAACCUGAUAAAGUCAAUCUGGUGGGAGGUUACUAUGAUGCUGGCGACAAUGUGAAGUUCGGAUGGCCUAUGGCGUUCACAGUCACCCUGUUAAGUUGGACAGCUGUUGAGUACCGGCAGGAAAUCUCUCAAGCCAAUCAUCUUAACAACCUCCGCACCGCAAUCCGUUGGGGCACUGAUUUUAUAUUGCGAGCCCAUACUUCACCCACCACACUUUAUACCCAGGUAGGGGAUGGAAAUGCUGAUCACCAGUGCUGGGAGCGUCCUGAAGACAUGGACACCCCUCGAACGCUCUACAAGAUCACUUCUGAUUCACCAGGCACUGAAGCGGCAGCAGAAGCUGCUGCUGCUCUUUCUGCUGCUUCAUUAGCCUUCAAAGGGGUUGAUUCCAAUUAUUCUUCAAGGCUGUUAAGCAAAUCAAAAUCAUUAUUCGAAUUUGCAGACAAGUAUAGGGGAUCUUACACAGGUUCUUGCCCUUUCUACUGCUCUUUCUCAGGAUAUCAGGACGAAUUAUUAUGGUCAGCAGCUUGGCUAUACAUGGCAAGUGGAGAUAAAAAGUACUAUAACUAUGUCUUGAGCAACCAAGGAUGGAGUCAGGCAGUAUCAGAGUUUAGUUGGGACAACAAAUUUGCUGGGGUUCAGACAUUACUAGCGAAGGAAUUUUAUGGUGGGAAGAAGGAUUUGUCUAAAUAUAAGACCGAUGUGGAAUCAUUUAUAUGUGCGUUGAUGCCGGGGAGUAGCUCUUUACAGAUUAAAACAACUUCUGGUGGUCUUCUGUAUGUUAGAGAUGCUGCUAAUCUACAAUAUGUUACAAGCUCCUGCAUGGUGCUGGCUGUCUACUCGGAAACCUUAAAGGCAUCUAAUAUUGAUGGAAUUCAAUGUGGCUCUGCCCAUUUCUCUGCCUCCCAAAUCAAAGACUUCAUAAAAUUGCAGGUGAAUUACAUUUUGGGAAACAACCCCAUGAAAAUGUCAUACAUGGUGGGAUUUGGAAGCAAAUAUCCGAUGCAGCUUCACCAUAGAGGCUCAUCCAUCCCUUCUAUCCGUAGUCACCCGAGCAAGGUCGGCUGUAAUGAUGGCUUCUCGAGUUAUUUUUCUUCUAACAAUCCAAAUCCAAAUCAACAUGUUGGAGCAAUUGUUGGAGGUCCUGAUCCAAAUGACCAUUUCAAUGAUCUGAGAUCAGAUUACUCUCAUUCCGAACCCACAACUUACAUUAAUGCAGCUUUUGUGGGUGCAGUGGCUGCUUUGCUUGAUGAAAGCAAACAGGAACCUCUGCAACUGCUGCGGAUGAAUAGAACCACAAAUACGAGAGACUAUAUGUAAUUUAACAGAACUACAUGCAAUUGAAACCCAUGGAUUUCCAUUCAUGGGAUUACGUAAUUUAAAUUCUGGGGAAUAUCUGUACCCAUAUCUACACAUAUGGUUGUAAAAUAUCUAAGGAUUAAGAAUAAGUCUGAUGCAUCUUUUCAGAUCCUUCUUGGACUA